UUACGUUGAAAAUUGUAACCGGAAGUGUGCGGCCUGUGAAUUCUAGCAGGAUGCGCGGAUCCCGCUGAGGGAUUUUCCCUUUAUUUACUAUCCUCUUCGACUGCGCUGAGAAAAAAUAGCUAUCUGAAAUAAACGUCUGCCAUGUCCGAGACAUACGAUUUCCUGUUUAAGUUCCUCGUUAUCGGGAAUGCAGGAACUGGAAAAUCAUGUCUCCUUCACCAGUUCAUAGAGAAGAAAUUCAAAGAUGACUCAAAUCAUACAAUCGGAGUGGAGUUUGGCUCUAAGAUCAUCAAUGUGGUCAACAAAUUUGUCAAACUCCAGAUUUGGGACACAGCAGGACAGGAACGGUUCAGAUCUGUAACACGAAGCUAUUACCGAGGGGCAGCAGGAGCUCUCCUAGUCUAUGACAUCACCAGUCGGGAGACAUAUAAUGCUCUGACCAACUGGCUGACAGAUGCCAGGAUGUUAGCCAGUCAGAACAUUGUUAUAAUACUGUGUGGCAAUAAGAAGGACCUGGAUGCUGAUCGGGAGGUCACCUUUCUGGAGGCAUCUCGCUUCGCUCAGGAGAAUGAGCUCAUGUUUCUAGAGACCAGUGCUUUAACAGGGGAAAAUGUGGAAGAGGCAUUUGUCCAGUGUGCACGCAAAAUCCUCAACAAAAUAGAAUCAGGUGAGCUGGAUCCAGAGAGGAUGGGUUCAGGGAUUCAGUAUGGCGAUGCAGCGCUACGGCAGCUUCGUUCCCCGAGACGAGCUCAGGCUGAGAGCGUGCAGGAGUGUGGUUGUUAGAGCCCAACAGCCAGAAAAUGUUUUGUAAAGACUAUUUUGGGAAUGGGACGACAGACCCAAAACAGUGGAGAAACUCUUCCCUCUCCUUCCUUUUUCUUCGGUUCAGACAAGUCUGAGAUCUUGGGACGCCGCCCUGCUCUAAAACAACCCGGGCCGAGGCAAAGACACCAACCGAGGAUGAUGAAUGUAGGCCGUUGCUGAACGUUCUGCACUGAGCUUGACCCACUUAACCCUCUAUUUCCUGUCCUACUCCCAUUAAAGUAUUUAGGUCUUGUGUAAAGAAGAACUUAAAUCAUUAUUUUGAAGCAUGUUUAUGGACUGCAUUUCCAUAACUUGAAUGAUUAGGUUUUAUCAGCUCAGGAGUGCUUUUUGGUUAGGUCAUAUCAGCUGAAAACCUUUACUUUAAUUUCUGCAGAUGACAGAUGUAUCAUUUGAUCAGGUAAAGUAAUAUACUGAUAUAUACAUAUAUACAUACAUACACACACACACACACACACACACACAUAUAUAUAUAUAUAUAUAUAUAUAUAUAUAUAUAUAUAUAUAUAUAUAUAUAUAUAUAUAUAUAUAUAUAUAUAUAUAUAUAUAUAUAUAUACACACAUACAUACAUACCAUGUUUUAUAAAUGUGAUUGCUUUCUUUGGAAAGCAUGCACUGUUCUUUAAUUCCAUUGUUUUGCUUUUACUUUAUUUUUGCACUUAUAUACAACAUAUAUCAGAAGUUAUGUUACUUUUAAAACCUGGAAUGUCAAAUUAUAGUAUAUACUGAGUCACAGACCUAUCUUCUAUUCAUAUAUAGUAGUGAAAAAUAUAAAAAAUGAAAUACAUUGACAAGUCACUGUUACAUAGUGUUACCUUACACAGCAUACUUAAAUGCUGUUGUCCUGUUUGAAAAUGUUCAUUUGACUAACUCAUGCCAAGUGUUAUUAAACAUAGUAUCACAUUUAUAA